AAUAAACGGAAAGGAAAUCAUCAACGAAGCGAUCGAAUCACGCUCAAUUUCUGUUUUAUAUUUAAUUGAAGUAGACCAUUGCGUUGAAUUAUUGAGGCGUAACUGGUUGACCUAAUUAAACGACAGGUAUACCUGCGACUUAGCGUGACCUCGAAACAACACAGCGUCCCUUAUUUGAAAAGGUGAGGCCAAGACCGCCAUUUUGAAUACAGGUAUACAACGAUCUCGGUGGAUAUUGGAGGUAUUUGUGUUUAUUUUGACAAUCGGAUCAUGGACUAAAGGUAAAACAUAAUCGGCAAAAUGUUGGAUAAGUACGGGGUGUUGUUUUUGAUUGCCAAUGCGGCUGUGAUCUCAUUUGUGGCAACAGCCCCACUGGACUGGAUGGCACCGGACGCUUUUGAUUAUAUAAAUAGUCAAUUUUCAGCGGUGACUGCCCAAAAUUGUCGAUCAAAAUCUCGGGAUCAGCUUCGAUUACCAGCAUCAAGUGUUGCUCAGAUUCCACGUUAUAAUAAAUUGAAGAGUACUAUUUUUUAUAGAAAUAGAACGAACUUACUACAUCUUCAUAACAUGGCUCUCAACCGUGCCUUUUAUUACAGUUUUAUAUAUCAAAAACUCAAUCAAACCUGGGAUUUUGAAACCCAACCAGGUUUAAGUUAUAUUUAUAUGUCCGCUGCUGCAGAUGUUUCCGCAAAUCCUGGUUUUAUCAACGGUUCGUCGCUAUAUUUUGACAACGAUUGUAGUUAUCCAAAUUGGUAUAGAACCUUUAAAUUCAACACCACUCUCCCCUUAUUUGGACCAAGAGCAUGGCGGGCAGACGAUUACAAUGAAGCUACGAACUGGUUACGAGAACCAACAAAUAAUACGGUAGACAUUCAUGACUAUGGUGCUGGACGAAUGUAUAAUUAUACAAGUCCUAAUUAUAAAUAUAAUCCGUGGUAUUCACCUUGGAUGCCUGAUAUCACUGGGGAAGACGACUCUUUACGUAAGUUUACGUAUUCUGUUGGGAUAAAGUACUCCAAUGCGACUGGUGUAUUCGUCAAGAAUGAAUUUGAAGAUAACACAUUUUUUGGCCCACCUCAACCUGGACAACAAGAUCGUGAAGAAUACCUACCGGUCAGAUUUACCCAACCUUACUUUGAUUGUGACCGUUCUAAUAAAUGGAUCGUCAGUGCCACAUCUCCAGUUGUAGAAUAUAUGCCCAGAUAUUCCAUCUGGCUACAUCUAAGAAGGGCCAGGUUUGUGGCUGUAUCGUCAAUGGAUAUUGAGUUUGAAAGAAUUGAUAUGAAUCAGUGUCCAGCAUCACAAGGAAACCCUUUACCAAAUAUAUUUGCGGGAACAGCAAGAUGUAAAGCAACAACCAUGUGUGAACCAUUGUUUGGGUAUGGUUUUAGAAGAGGUGGAUAUCAGUGUGUUUGUCAACCUGGUCAUUAUUAUCCAUGGUACCAUGACGGACCAUUCCUUGGUAUUGAGAUUGAAGAGGCUACACGGGAAGAAUACGAAGUUGGAUUUGACUGUUUAGUCGUUGAGGAGCGACAAGUUUAUUCAAUUGUCGAACCAGAAUUUGUAGAACGAAAGAAAAGGUCUAUAUAUAGUCGUACAAAGCAUUUCUUGGCAAGUCUGCCGUCCAAUUUAAGUCCACGUCUGAACAAAAGACAGAAGCGGCAUCUGAUUUCAUCCCUUAAGCAUCUUAAAGAAGACAAGGAUAGGGUAAAACGCGCACCUAAGGUUAAAUAUGUGGCCAAACGGCAUACCAAACGCCAAAAGAGAGACGCCAUUGAACCAGAAUCCCUGUCUAGAAUGCAAAACAUAUUGGAGCGAAUACAUCAGACAAAUAAAGGCAACUGCCACAACUUGCUAGAAAAUGACCUCUAUCUUACGGGCGAUGCCGGUUACGGUGUUGAAACCCAAUUCCUUAGCCAAGGACGGGUUGCUCUUCGUUUGGCACAUUUUCUCAGCAACUUUCUUCAGAACAUUGACGAGUAUGAAGAAUUUGGAGAUUUGAAAGGUGAUCGAAGAUUGAACGAGACCCAGAUCUUUGCGGAGGUCGUGGCUAACGUCAUGAGUGAUCAUAAGAUUCUAGGCAGUGGUGUAUAUUUUGAUAGAUAUCAAUUUAGAAUGUCACCACCGAUUAACAACACAGAUCCGCGGUUUAUUGAUGGUAUCACCAGAGAGUUUUUUGGACCAUACGCUUGGCGACAGCAAGUUCAAAACGACGGUCUCGAUAACUUUAAAGCCAUUGAUUUUGCUGGGUUUUCAAAUUAUUAUGUGGAUAAACCUUGGUUCAGAAAUAUGAAAGCGAGAUGGGCUACCAACGUCAGUGGUUUGAAGAAACAUACUGCUAAGCCCAUGAUCCGUUCAAAUAGGGAAGGAACUAGUUUGAUUCGAUUUGAGUAUUACCCAAUCACCUAUCGAGCACCAGAUUAUGAAGAUGGCGAAUGGUUAAGACCACAAUUUAAAUGUGACGGAAGGGUCGAUGAUUGGGUUGCAACAUACGUUGUUCCUUUCUUUGGAAAAAACAGCUUAAAAACAAAAAUAGAAUUCAAAGGUGUUGUCACAACAGAGGUUAAAUUAACUAAUCUAGAUAUCAACCAAUGUCCAGGUGAAUUCCACUUACCAAAUGCUUUUAAAAACACAGCCAAAUGUCAUUACGAAUCGCAAUAUUGUUAUGCAUUAGAGGGUGUGGGUUUUAGGCAAGGUGGAUAUAAAUGUGAAUGUAGACAAGGCUAUGAAUAUACAAUUAAUGAUCUCGCCUGGUAUUAUGAUGGUCAAAAGAUGGAAGAGGAAUACAAGAAAUUCAUGAACGGUGAACCAAACAGAUAUCAGACAUCCAGGUGUCGUAUUGCUGGGGCUUCUAGUGUUAUGUUCAAUAUGUAUUUAUUAAUCACCCUCUUUUCCAUGGCUGUCUGUGCUGCAAGAGUCUAAUCUUAUGUCCAAGAAUAAAUUUAAUAAUGUCGCUAUAAUAAAAUUAUGACCCUGAUAAAAAAAAAAGAGACCAAAAUAUUAUAGUUCAUUUUAGUGCUUUGUGUAUUUUUGAAUUCGACUGUCAACGCUUUCUUCACACAAGGCUUAUAGCAGACCAUUUUAAGGACGUUUUGACAUAUUUUAUAAAUGCGUGUGUUUUAUUAAGUUUCUUAUUUCAUACCCCUAAAAAAAGAACACAGUGAAAAGUGUGUCAGAAUUAACAUAUCAAAAUGUCAAUCUGUGAAAAUGUAUAUUAAUGUAUAUUUUUAAAAUCCUUGUACAUAAAAGAUUUUGUAUAUUUACUCCAUAAUAUUUACGUAUGCAUAUAAUGCUUUCGAUUAUCAUUUUUUAUGUUGUGUAUAAUCUUCAUAUUAAACAAUCUCUGUAUCUUAUAUGUUUGAUAUUGUACAAUUAAAAUAAAAUAUCCAUCAUGUGAUGCCUGUUCCUAGAAAAAAUGUUAAGAUAACUUAGAUCUCAAAUCUCUAAUUUUAAUGUCCGCGUAAUUUAAAGGAAGAUUUGCACUCGAUGGUUAAAUGACUUAAUGUACAGAAUUGUAAUGGAGUAAAUCUUAAAUUUUUACCUUUUUUCCUGGGAACAGGACAAAUCAUUUUAUAAUUGUAGUGUAUUGAAACAAAUCACCAGCAUGAUUAACCGGAAGUGCCAAUCUGUAAUCAACACGUCAAGCUUCAGUGUUUAUAAUAUAGAACAUUCUGAGUAACGCAAACAUUCUUAUUACUAUGUUUUAAUUGCUAAUCUUUGUUAGCUGCAAGCUAACAUCUCUCUCAGGACAAUAUAAAUUCAUACCUAUCUGCAUGAUAGCGAAUCAUUUGAAAAGGUGUAUGGGGAAAACAACAUUCCAAAAAUAUCCCCUCUUCCUGUAUUCAAAACAUCUUGAGGUCCAGUCAAUUCAAUCAAAAUCAUCAUUAGUUAUUAACGAUUAUGAUAGUAGUGUCUGAAUUACUCGGAAUGACGAUCGAUGGACGUAGACUUUACGUUGUUCGGCUUUGUGAUAUGCACGUGCUGUAAUACGCUUAUUAUAACAUUAUAUAUUCGCUUUCUUCUUUUCCUUCCUUGAUCUGUAGUGUUUUAGUGUAAAAUUUGUGUACUGUAUAUUGUAAAUGUAAUAAUUGGAGAUUUAAAAAGAAGUUUUAUAGAUAAUUGUACUUAGUGUUAUCUUGCCCUUUAUGUAGGCUACACGCAUUUUGUAUUUAUUUACCGCAAAUUGAUCACGGUAAUAUUUUCUGUUUAUCACAGCACAGACUUUUAACUCUUAAAACAGGCUAGUUUUUUAACUCUUAAAACUACUAUUUUACAUAAUUUAUGAAUAUUCUCUAUAGCCAAGGCUGCAUUAAUUUUAGACAUAUGUAUAUAUACAUAUACCUUUGCUUUAAUUACCCCAAGAAGAUGAUGGCAAUGUUUCCUAUCCUCACAGCACUGACUAUAGUCUAUCAUAUAGUUAUCUUUUAAAAAUACUAUUAUAUAAAUUCAUAAAUUAAUAUUUGUACAUAAAUUUGAUUUUUUGAGAAAGCUGCAUUACUUUUAACAUGUAUAUUAUUUUUUUUUUAAGAAUAUAAAAUAAAACAUUUUUUAUAUAUAUAUAUAAAAAAAAACUUAUCUUUUGUUACUUCAUAUAUAUUGAUACAUUCAGA